GUUGGAGAGAGAGCGAGGGAAAACGGAAACUCGCCAUUAUUGCAUGAAUGCAUUUUUUUUUUCAAAAAAAAAGUGCAGCGUUUAGAUUAUUUUACGGUUUAAUCUUAUUUGAAAACAGCUAGAUCGUAUAGUGUAGAAUGUGCUAAUAAGGUAGUUGUAAAGCUAAUCUAUUAGCUUACGAGUGGUGUUAAAUCAGCUACACGACACGACACCACAACUAGAAGAAGUGUGACAUAAACUAGGCAACCAGUCUUUAGUUUUUAGUAUACUCACUGUAUAAUUGAACAUUUUCAGCGGUUUUAGCUAAUUUAAUUAUCGGCUAACCAAAAGCGUAGUUAGUAAAUCUGCAUUUGUUUACAUGCUAACUCAUUAGCGUCCCCUAAAGGCUCGCGUUAGCUUCAGCUUUAUAUUAUUGACGAGAAUAUACCGACAAGAAAAAUAUCGACCCGCUUUUAAAUUAAACUGAAUUAUUUAAAAAAAUACGCGUUUCGUACCAGUCGGACUAAUGCGCAGGUCUGAUAAGUACCAAUAUGGGGCACACGAUGCUAAUUAGCCAACUAGCCACGUAACGUUGCGCUGCCCUCUUCACACUGUUGAGACAGCGAGACAGGACGGACUGCAGGGAAAGAGGAAAGAAAGGCAAGAUGACAGCACUACAAGACACAGAGGAUGCCAGCGAAACAGAUCUGGCCAAGCAUGAUGAGGAUGACUACGUGGAAAUCAAAGAGCAAAUGUACCAAGACAAACUGGCCUCUCUAAAAAGACAGCUGCAGCAGUUACAAGAAGGUACACUGCAGGAGUAUCAGAAAAGGAUGAAGAAGCUGGACCAACAGUACAAAGAGAGGCUCCGAAAUGCAGAUUUAUUUCUCCAGCUUGAGACAGACCAGGUGGAGAGGAACUACAUCAAGGAGAAGAAGGCGGCGGUGAAGGAGUUCGACGAUAAGAAGGUGGAACUGAAGGAAAAUCUAAUUGCGGAGCUGGAGGAGAAAAAGAAGAUGAUUGAGAACGAGAAAUUAACAAUGGAGCUGACAGGCGACUCUAUGGAGGUAAAACCCAUCAUGACGCGGAAGCUGAGAAGACGACCCAACGAUCCGGUCCCAAUACCAGACAAACGGAGAAAACCUGCUCCAGCUCAGCUAAACUAUUUGUUAACAGACGAGCAGAUAAUGGAAGAUCUAAGAACGCUUAAUAAGCUUAAAUCACCGAAACGACCAGUGUCUCCGUCGUCUCCGGAGCACGUCCCCUCUGCUCCCAUGGAGAACCCCCCCCAGCGCUACGAGGCCCGCAUCGAGGAGGGGAAACUUUACUACGACAAACGAUGGUAUCACAAGAGCCAGGCCAUCUACCUGGAGUCAAAGGACAACACAAAGAUCAGCUGUGUGAUCAGUUCAGUGGGGACCAACGAGAUCUGGGUGAGGAAGACGAGCGACAGUACAAAGAUGAGGAUCUACCUGGGACAGCUGCAGAGGGGAGCGUUUGUCAUCCGACGACGGUCGGCUGCAUGAAACAUCACCCCGCCCCACCCAUCUGUUCAUUUAUCCACCCAUCCACCCACCAGCCUGCUCGUCAACUGUUACUCUAUUUGGUGCAUUUCAGUUUAACACGUCUUCUCUCCCAACUACACGCCGUUAUAAAAAAAAUAAAUAAAUCUUUCCCACAUUAACCAAAUGAACAGUAAAAGUCAUCAUACACACAACUGACUGCAUUAUUUGUCACUAUGUGGCAUGUGUGUGUGAAAACGGCGCCGCGCGGUCCUAUUUACAUUUAUCCUUAAGUUAUUUUCGUCAUGUCGACUCUGAGAGAAACUGUCUGCGGGCGACGAAACAAGUCGAGGAGCUGCUUCAGGUUCAGCUGGAAGUCAGACAGUAAACCCCCCCCCCCCCCCCCACCUCCACCACCACAAAGAAGUUACACUAUACGCCUUUUGCACUGUCCUCAACGAAUGGAGGCCGCUUGCUGUACGCUGAUGGUUUUUUACACGUUCAAACGUCCCGUGUAUUAAACUUUUCAUUUUGAAUUUAGGGGGGAAAAAAUAUUUUAAAAGUAUAAUGUCCUUUCUUUUUUUUUUUCUUUUUUUUUUGUUCCUUUUCGUCAUUUCAUGUGAUCCUCUCCAUAUGAACAACCUGGAUAAACUGUAUUUGCAUGUGGAGCGUUGAGUUGUUUUGUACUGUUUCCCAUUUUAUUAAAAUGGCUUCGGACUUUUAUUAAUUUGA